CAACGUUUGGCGAACAAUUUUGUGUCAGUCCGAACUCGCACGAGAGGUUCUCAGCUUCAUUCAAAACCGGAUCACCUUCUGUACAGACCAUGGCCGCGAUAGAAUCCGCCGAGGUGGGAUGACUUGACUCGCAGCCCUAAGUGAAGAGCACUGCGCGAUCUACUUCCGCGCAAAUUCGACCGCCACCCCCACGGGCAGGCCAGAAAACCGCAUCGCCGCAUUAGAACACAAAUUCCCCAAGUCUGAAGUCGUUUCAGCGGGGGAGGGGAAAAGUGACCAUGUCCCCAGAGCCGGACAAGCCCAAAAAGGCCUCUCGAAAGCAUGUCACGACGGCUUGCGUGCCGUGUCGUGAGAGUAAAAUUCGUUGCGACGGGUCGACACCACACUGCCAAAAUUGCCAGCGGAAAGGUAAAGAUUGCAAAUAUCAGCAUGGAGAUGACAAACGCAAGGUCUCGCUCCGAGCUGCGACGGAGCUUUUCUCCGCGAGAAUUGAUCAACUAGUUCAAUUCAUUCAGGAUCAGGGACUUGAGGCCCCGGCUAUGAAGCCGGACGACGAGGCAGGUAUGAACCGGGUUCUUGACACCUUACAGAUCCCGCGAGGUGUCACUAGGACCAAGCUAUCUUCUGGUGAUGACCGAAAGGCUCAGUACGACGUGAAAGCCUCGGUGAGAUCAGAUCAAUCCCCGUCACAGAGCUCGCCAAACACGUCGCCAAAUGGCCAACCCCAGCACCAGCCACAGCCAUUGGCUGAGACUGCUGCUCCUGAUGCUUCGUCUUCUCAGAUUAUCACCCCCGGUCAGCAGUUGCCGUCCGUUGAACCCUGGAGCCCGUUCGGAAUGAUACAAGGCGCCCCCGAUAAUCAGACCUUUGUUCACUGGGGCUUCACGCUACCGACAGCCGAAAGUCUGGAUACGAUAUAUGCCAAUAUCAAUAGUGGAACAGGGCUACCAGUUAACACAAAUCUGAGCCCGGAUGGUUUCCAGCUGGGCACGGACAUGGCGCAGCAGGCGGGUGUCUCACUGAGCCAAGUACCGCCUGACCGGGACGUCGACUCGGAAAGCGAUGAAGAGAAUGAGGCUGAAAACGACGUCAUCGAGCAAUUAUCCCAUCGGAUUGGCACGCUUAAAAUCGCGGGGGAUGGCCACUUACGAUUUUAUGGAGCGACGUCUAAUCUCAACCUGGUCGACGUUUCCGCGACACAGCAGCGGCAGCGGCCAGAUGCGCGAACUGUGCGUCACGAUGGCCAAGAUAUUCUGAAUCAUCUUCGGGUCGGCCAGCCGGUUGAUCAGGAUCUGGAAGACCAUCUCGUGGAGUUGUACUUUACAUGGCAGAACCCCAGUAUUUAUAUCGUGGACAAGGAGAUGUAUAUGACGGCCCGUUCGAAAUGGCGCAAUGAAUUUGAUGAUACUCCGUUCUACUCGGAAGUGCUCACGAACGCCAUGUGUGCGAUUGGCAGCGCUUUCGAGGCGCGGUAUCAUCCGACAUUCAUCACGUUUCCAAAAUCUCUGGCCGAGUUCUUUGCGGACAGAGCCAAGGCCUUGCUGGAAAUUGAGCUCGAUUCGCCUUGUGUGGCAACCGUUCAAGCCCUUGUUCUUAUGAGCUGUCACGAAGGAGCGUCAAAUCGUGAUGCCCGAGGCUGGCUGUAUAGUGGAAUGUCAAUGCGACUGGCAUUUGAUCUCGGUCUGCAUCUCGAUAUGACAUGGUAUGUCAACCAAGGCGACAUGGGUGCCCACGAGGCAGACGUUCGACGGGCUGCAUUUUGGGGCAGCUAUAUUGCCGACCAUUUCUGGGGCUUCUAUCUUGGUCGUCCGUUCCGAAUGAAUGCCGGAGAUGUGACUGUUCCAAAGCCAGCUUCGACUCUCGGAAUCGAGAAAGAAGAAGUCUGGCAUCCAUACGGACUUCAAUCUGAUUCCCAGAUAGCGGAAGACGGCCUUAGAAAUCCCAGCGAACUAAUCAGCCGGCAAUUCGUCAUUCUAUGGGAGAUGGUAUCUCCUGUGGGCCACAUCUUAUACGGGUGUUCAGAUAUUUCCCGUCACGACCUGCAAAGGAUCACCUUCCAGGUCACAGAAGACCUAUUUGCCUGGAAAGCGAACCUUCCUUCAACCCUACAAAUCGAUCUAGAUGACGAUUCAACACCGAAACUCCCACAUCUCCUCAUCCUCCACAUGCAGUACCACCAAAUAGUCAUCUUCUUCCACCGCCCCUGGGUAUCAAAGAAUUAUAUCCAACCACGCAGUCCACGCCAGGGACCGGGCUAUCACCACGCACGCCGCAUGUGCGUUGAAUCGGCGACGGCGGUAGCUCGUUUGCUUCACAUAUACGAGAAACACUAUACAUUCCGACGAAUGAACAACCAAGUCGUCGCGAUAAUCUUCAGUGCGGCGCUGAUGCUCCUCUUCGUCACAGUCUCCAGUUCACCACUGACGCCGAGUAAACCCGGAGAAUCCAGUACCGCGCACCCGCGUAAUGCAGAGAUGGUUGCGUACUUGAACCUCUGCUUCCGUGCCCUGGACGAAUUGGGCCAGUCAUUUGAGAAUGCGAAGCGUACGCGUGAUUACCUGGUUACACUCCAACGACGCUGGCAAGCGCACAUGCGACGUACCAGAUCCGCCCCAAAACGGCAGAUUAGUAGUGCGAAUCUCCUCGCGACGUCUGGGCAACGGGUAUCUACGCACACUUCGCAGAAGGAUCAUGGCAUCGAUACAUCCCGCAAGAAGACGCGCCUCGUUGAUACAGGCACGCAGCACCACCCGCGACACGGCUCGUCUAACUCCAUGGCCGUGGGCCAGUCCAACCAGCAAUACCAUUCCCAUCAGCAACAGGAAUCUUUUCAACAACAUGCUUUCUCCGCGCAAGCAGCUCAAGCGAGCGAGCUGGACUGGAUCCGGAAUACGGAUUUGAACCUUUUUGCUGAUGGUGGUGUGAAUGGUAGCCCUACUCACGCUGUAGGCGGUAUUUCGCAAUCGCAGUUUCCUGCUGAUCCGGGCACAUUGCCUGAUUUAGGUGACAUUGAGGGGUGGUGGAGUCCGCCUCAUGGGACGUCCGGGAUGGGAGGGACGUCGUUGUAGUAUUGCGGUGGCACUGGCGCAGGGGUCUUUCCUGGUCAACACUACAUACAUUAUCUGGAUACUCUUCUUCGAUGUAUUUCCUCAUUUCUUGUUCAGUUUUUUUGUGAAUGAUCAAAGCUUCUUAGGGCAUGAGGUAUUAGCGUUGCACAGUCUCGGAUGUCUUUUCACUAUCAAUAGUUCCUUUGCAUCCUUCGACAGCUGAAUGCUAGAAACAACAUAGAAUUUUACCAUGUUAUAUUACAGAGCCUACCUAAGGUUGACACCAUCGCACCUCACUCAUCACGUAUGCUGCCAUCAAAAAUCCCCUUAAACCAACCACCAACCUUCUCCUCCAAUUCUGCCCCUGUCCCUAAUCCUCCCUCCCCCAAAUCCCUCUCGAGACUAACUCUCCUCUCCCCAAACCCUUUCUCCCUCCCAAAAAAGCAAGCCCGAUGCAUAACAGAAACCAUCUCCUCCCCCUGCUCCGCCAAAACACUCCCAUUCUCCUUCCCUUCUGCACCCUCCACAUAAACCCUCACCCACGGCAGCGUCACUUGUAACCUCCGCACGCCGUUACCAUCCCAUCCCCGGCCCCCGGCUCCAUAGUCCAGGCCGUACGGUGGCCAGCGUGACAACGCUUUACGGCGUCGGACAGUCGGGUGGCUCGCUUCACUAACUUCAUCUUCUUCUGCGGCGAGGGGGUCAAAUUCAGGAUUCGAGAGCGAUUCAUCCAGUGUACCGCGCGAUAUAGUCUUCAAGACUGGAAGCGGAUAUUCGGGUCCUGUCAUGUACUCGGGGAAUGACCGGGGUACAUCGCGACCCGCAGAGCGGAGGAAUAAUAUCGGUGAAGCGAACGCGUCGAAGCAGCGCUCCGGCGAAGCGAAUAAUGCCUCCCGUGCAGCAAGGAGGGGAACGAGAUCUGUCGGUGCGGUGACGCGAUGAGCUUUUUUCUUGGAUGCUCUUUUGGUCGAUUUCCCUUGCGACGCUUGGUCGGUCGUGCCACCGCUGGCACUGAGCUGCUCGGUUGUGCAGUACUCAUCCAAACCGGGCCAAUCGCAGAUGGGCAUUAUCGAUGCAACGGCUUUCACGGAUUGGGCUUCCGUUAGGGCUAGCAUGAGGGCUAACGAUCCCCCAAUGUGUGAGCCGAGGACGCCCAGCUGUGCGGGCUGGAGAUGUGUUUGGAUCCAAUCGAAUGCGGCGAGGGUGUCGUGGAUUGGGGUUGGGUAUUUGUAAAAUGACGAUUGAGACUGGGAAACAGAAUGACUUGGUGGUGAUGAGGAUGGUAGAGGUGAUGUUUGAACCGAAUUUUGGUUGGUAUCUUCAUUUGAUGUCGUCGGAGUUGAUACCGAGCCAAGACGGUAGUUGACCGUUACGACUAUGGCGGAUGUCGUAGAGGCCAGAGUCUGCUGGUGUGUGAACCCAGAGGUGGGCACAGUGUUGACGGCCCAUUCUCGAUUUUCAAACGUUGUAUCAUUUGAGUUGAUCCCUUCCUGGACGCGAUCCGCGUGCCCCUGGAAUAAAGGACCUGGCGGAAGGUACAGGAUAACAUUCGGCCCUUGAGCGUCCGAUUCGCUCUGCG